GAGCAAUACAAAAAGAUGCAUCAAAAGAGAGAAUCCCAAAUCCGCUUCUUAAAGAUCGCAAUCAAGACGGUCUUAAAUGUGCAGGACAUGCAGGUCAAGCAAAAGCACAAGCGGUCCCGUCCGCGUAUCUUCGAAGAUCCCUCAGUCCGCGCUACCAAAUUGAGGGGGCUGAGAUUGAGUGAGAUGAUCGACCAAAUGAGCUGGGCGGGCCUCACUUCGCUUUGGGUCAGCCUCAACUCGAAUUGGGAGACCCUGAAAGCUCUUCAAAUGCCACAGCCGAAGAAACGAAUCAGAAAAGACAUGACGACUGCUCGCACUCAUCCCGCCACACAUCUGGUAUCUCUCUUGGAGACGCCAGACUAUAACCCCUCUACCAUUGUGGACCUGGGCUGCCGGACAGGUGCAACCACCGCCAUCUUAAAGGAGCGCUUUCCGGCCGCCCGGGUCAUCGGGGUGGAUUCUUCACAUGAUGAGAUCCGCCAAGCGCAGGAGAAUUUCCCCGGCGUGGAGUUUGUCCACGCGGAGCCCACGACGUAUCAACCCCCUUUCUCCGUCGACUUGUUCUUCUCCGUCUCCGAGUGGCUCUGGCUUACGAACGAGACGCGCAUCGCAGCCUUUGAGCGCUUGCUGGGGUCGCAGCGCACCGGUGGCGUACUCGCGAUGUCGACCCCGGCGCUUGCCAAUGAUUUGCUGCGGCGCGUUUUCACCGAAGUCACCGAGUCUGGACCUCUGGAUCUCGAGCAGCGAGAUCGCAGCACCGCCGAGGUACCAGAACCUAGCAAAAUGAUUGCAUCGCUGGCCCCUGUCUGCUCGGCCGUGACGAUUGGUCUCAAGCUGUAUAGAUACGUCUUGGGGGAUGAGAAUGCGACCGAGACGUGGAUGGACAAUACAAAUAUGAAGCCAUAUUUAGAUCGUUUGGAUGGUGAGGAUAGGCAGAAGUCCCCUCGAAGUAUCUCUCUAGCUUCCGAGAGCAGUCGGAUCAGAUUUUCGCGGAAGAUGAUGGGGAAGUCAAGCUGAGGUAUGGCAGGGGGUUUGUGGUUGCAGUGAAGGCUCGCAAAUCUCACAGUGCACGUGAUCACAGUCCGGUGUGGAGGCCCGUGGCUGUGCCUUCCCCCAUAAGUUAACUGUAGCUGUAGUUCCCCAGUGUUAC